AUGAGUGUGAACACCACACAAAGUUAUUUCCAACGGAAGAAACCUGGCUUCUUUGAACGGCGCCAAGCAAAAACGGAGGCCAGGUCUGCUCCCGGGCAAAUGUCAGAACGGACCCAGACAACGACGGAUUUUGACUCUUUCCGCUCCGAUGAACCACAAGAGCAAAAAACACCCGACGACAAACACAUCGCACCACAUUUUCAUAUAUCAAAACUCACAUUGGACGAUGUCCCUUUGGUGUUGGAAAACACUUUUAGAUUCAUUGAGAAGGCGACGACAACACACAAAGCACUGAAACCAUUUUCUUUAAUGACCAACGAAGACGUAGUCGAGUGGGUGAAGAAGAUUGGAGCGGACAGACUCACUCUUUAUGUCAUUGGGAAACACGUUGGACAAGAGAUACGGUACUUCGACGAGAUCAAGUUAAAGAAAAUUGGUAUUCAAAACGAGAAGAUCACUGAAAUAGCUCAGAUCAUACAGAAAUACAAGGCCAAGUCGACACUCGGCAAAAAGAUUUUGAAAAUGAAAAUGAAGACCGACAAAGCACUUCGAAAGAUGUUUGAAUUGCAGCGAGGGUACGACAUCAAUAAUGUGAAACCAUUCACUGACACUACAAAGGAUGAACAACACCUCAUUUGCUUCAUGACAAUCAGAAACUAUUUUGCGAUGAAUUCGCCACUCAUCACAGAAGAUAAAGCACUUGAGUUGUUUGCAAUAGUUGAAAAAUUCCAACACGACGAAGCACUUUUUCUCUCUGAAAUAAGGAAGUUCAUCUAUAACACACACAACGGAGUCGUUUUCCAGAGAACAUUGAAAUUUGCAUAUAAGAUGGUCUCGGACCAGAACAGCUGCUAUUACUAUUACAAAGAGUUGUUUUUAAACACGGUAUUUGGGUUCAUUUGUCCAUCGAAAAACGUCAACAUCACAAAAAUGUUCUUUUUAGUCCAACUUGAACCAAAACUCUCGAACAAAAUCCAGCAGCCGAAGACAAAUCGACUACUUGAGGCGAGUCGGUUGUAUGCCGGAGAAGUUGUGAAUGAGGUUGUCGACCACGUGAAACUACCCAUUUACAUGAUACCGACGCAAUACAAAUUGAACAACGAAAAUAUCAAAACGUGGGAAGACGGAAGACUUUAUUUAACGAAUUACAGACUGAUGUGGAUUGUUUCGAAUGAAAUCAUUAACCCGGUGGGGAUGGGCCAUUGUAUGUUUUUCGAUCAAGUCCCGUUAAAAAUGAUAUAUGAUGUGAGGGUAGUUAAAGGAGGAGGAAAGCAGCCCAUUUUCUGUUUGAAGAUCAUAUCGAAGGAUCACCGAAUACUCCACUUUUCUCUGCCAGAAAAUCAGAUCAAGAAUUUCAAAGAGCUUGUGUGUAUCAUGACGAGUCGAGUUGAUGAGAGUGGGUUUUAUGUUGACGACUGCGAACAUUUCUGUCUUGAAAACAUAUUUGAAGGGGUCUGGCAACGUACUGCGAAACGAAUUGGCAUCGACAUGAGUGGAACGAAUCCGUUGUAUGUAUUUCAGAGUAGCUACAAGAACAAGAAGUUGUCUGGGCGGGAGGCGAUAGUGAUCAGAGGGUUUCCAAUGAUAACUGAAGUACCGGAACGGAUAGAAGACAUUGAAUUGGCACCGUUAUUGAUUCAUCGAGAACUGAAGAGUGGAGCCUUUUUAUUCCGAUUACAGUACAUCAUGAACGACAAAGGAGAUUCUAUCUUGUCGUGUUCGUCGAAUUUGAAGCCAACGUUCGACACUUUCAUGGUCAGGGAAUUUCUCUUUAAAACGGAAACAAGCCUUUCGAAACAGUCGUGUCUCAAAACACAAGAAGAGGCAAAUGCAAUACAGAAGGAGCUACUGGACGCAUUACAAACGUGCGACGACGACCAAUGCAAACGUCUCCAAGAUGUCGUCGACCGGUUUGUUGGGUAUCAAGAAGGCCUCAUGCGAUCAACAAAAAACAUUAUAUUAGAGCUCAGAUCUGGCCGGUCGAUAUUAAUAACAUCGUACAACAGAAAUGCGUCUGAAAUUGGUGUCAUCACCUCUUUAGUUCUCGUUCUGACAAAUAAAUAUUACCGAAGUUUUGGAGGAUUCAUCGAAGUGAUUUACAAAGAGUUUGUGGAGUUGGGGUACUUCAGCACGGUCAACAAGAAAAGGGUGUUUCCGAUGCAUUUUGUUGCGUUUUUGAUGAUUGUAGACUCGUACAUGUAUUUAUUUCCAAAGCAAUUUGGGUUUAACACGAAAUUGAUUGAGUUUUUGUAUAAACACUGCAAUUCAGGACGGUUUAGAGUGUUUGUUGAUGCAAAGAGUUGUGGGCUGUUUCAUUAUUUGUACCUCCAUAAAGACAUCUUUGGGAAAGAGCAGUUUUUGGGAGAGGACUUUGACUUUUUGGUACCGAAUGUCGCUCCGGUGCAAUUGUUUCCUUCACCGAAAUUCUUCUUUGAGUGGAUGAAUUACACGAGUAAACACUCGGGUCUCUUCAACUCGUCGGCGGCAGAAAACUUUGAUUUGCACGACCAACAGACUCUGACCGAAAUACCUCCGUAUGUGAAAGACGUGUUUAAAGCGAAGAUGGUCGAUUUGAGUAACAACCCAUUACGACUUGUGCCGGAGUGUUUGCAGACAUUCCCUGUCCUCGAGAAACUUGUCCUUUCGAAUUGCCAAGUCAAUUACUUUCCGUACGACUUCUUCAGUCCCAUGACGACUUUGACGUAUUUUGAUGUGUCGAGGAAUGGGACAACGAACGCACCUUUCUUUAUGCCAGAACUGAAAACGUUGACAAAUUUGAAGUACUUGGACAUUUCGUCCCAAGAGAUGGAUAUGCCCCGAUUCAGAAAAUUUGAGUACCCCAUUGGACUGAAAACUGUCGUGAUGCGCAACUUGAAAAACUGUUUGCAGACUUCAUUAGUGAAGCUGACGAAUCUGAGGAUGUUGGAUAUCUCUGAGAACAAAUUUGCGAGUUUUUCGAUAUUGAGACAGUUGACCACAUUGAAAGAACUGAAGCUUGAGUCGUGUGAUCAAAAAAUGAUUCCGAACGAAUUGGAGAAUUUGAAGCUGUUGACACAACUGAAUGUCGGCAAGAAUAAGUUGAGUACCCUUCCCGAAUGGCUCUAUGAGUUAACAAGUUUGAAGGAGCUCAAAAUCAAUUCGAAUAAUUUUGUGUUCAUCUCGAAGAACCAAACGAAGCUAACAAAACUGAGAGUGUUUGAUGUGUCAAACAACACUGAUUUGAGAUAUCUUCCAGUCAUUCACCCGGUCAUUACAAAGGACAAAAUAAGGUGUUGUCCGCCACCGUUAGUCACUCGAAUGCACAUCUUGUCGAAUGAGAGCGGAGUUGGUGUAUUAGAAGAAUGCUUCAAGAAUUGGAUGCCGUUGUCGUGGAGUUCUGGAGACGUGAUAUUGGUCUCGAGCGAGAACGACAUCUUCGAUCUUCCAAGCUCGAAACUUACAAAGAACACGCGAUUUUUCAUGCCGAUAUUCCACACGAAUAAGUGUCCGUUACCACUUGAUUUUGCAGUGAAUGAUUGUUAUGUUAUAUCCAUAACGUCGAAGCAAUGGGAUUUUGUAUAUUUCUGGCAAUAUUAUUUGAAGCUACUUGUACCCGGUAAGACGCGGAUUUAUGUGUGUUUGAUACACGAGGGCAAAGCAGAAGAGACGUUGGAAGCAAAAAUGAAAGAUGCGUUUCCCGAGAGUUCGUUCAUUGUGCUGCAGAAGUCGAAGGAAUUUAAAGAUCAAAAAGUUAUUGUUGAGAAAUUCUGUGAAUGGAUUGGGACGUUCCGGCAUCGGUGGCUCAACGAAGAUGAAGACCUG